AUGGAAAAUGUUAUUCAAAAAUUACCUGGAAAUAAUGAGGAAAAGGCGAUGUUACGGUCCAAUAUAAGUAAGGAUUUGGAAAAAUAUAAAAAGACAAUUGAUAGAUCAGCACACAGUAUAAAGGAUACAGAUGAACUAAUCAAUGGAUUAUUGAAAGAAUCAUCUCAGAGGACUAGAAGCGAACAGAGCGUUAGACAGUUCGAAUUGGAAAAUAUCUUCAGAAUGAGUGAGGAAUCCCAUAAACAAGAAGAUUUUUGUGAAGAAGAGCCCGUUGAUCUUCCCAACAUCAAGAUGAUGAAGUCAGAUAGAAUAAACGCCGUUAUGGUUUGCGUGGGUCAUCACGGAUAUCCGAACAGAAUCGAGUUUCAAGAUCAAGAGAAAUUUUCUGGUAGUAUUAUCCAUAAUCACCAAUUUAAAGAUCCGAAACAAUACGAAAAUAAAAAAGUUUUAGUAGUGGGAGCAGGAAAUUCUGCGGUUGAUGCGGCUGUCGAUUUGAGUUACGUUGCCGAAAAGACGUAUCUGAGUACAAGACGAGGAUUUUGGCUUUGGAAAAGAAUAGAAGAAUACGGAAUUCCAUACGAUAUUAAUUUUAUAAAUCGAUCAUUAUUUACGUUGUUUCGUUAUGUCCCAUUAAAUCUCUCGUGUUGGUAUAUGGAGAGAAAUUUUAAUAAGUGGUUUAAUCACGAAAUGUAUCAACUUACACCUUCCCAUAGAAUUAUGAACCAGUUUCCAACGGUCAAUGACUUUCUACCGAGCAGAAUUCUGUCGGGAAGAAUAAAAAUUAAAGGAAAUAUAGAGAAGUUUACAGAGAAUGGAGUCAUUUUUGAAAAUGGAGAAUUUAUUGAAGUGAACGAAAUAAUAUUAGCUACCGGCUAUAAAAUCAAUUAUCCAUUUUUAAAAAAUAUAAAAAUUGAUAAUAACCAUAUAGAAUUAUAUAAAUAUAUAUUCCCACCCGAUUUGAAAUUCCCCACGUUGGGAAUAAUUGGUUGUGUAUCUGUUAUAGGCGGAUAUCCUGUUAUUGGGGAAAUACAAUGCAGAUAUUUUACUGACGUGUUAAACAAAAAAUUAUUAUUACCGACCUCGAAAGAAAUGAAGGAUGAUAUACUAAAACAGUUUCAAAUUCAGAAACAAUUAUUUUAUAUUUCGGAAAGACAUAAUAUUAAUGUAUUUUAUAUUGAUUAUUUGGACGAGAUAGCUAACUUAAUUGGUGUAAAACCGAAUAUAAUGAAACUUUUUUGGACCGAUCCUAUACUUUUUAAGAAAUUAUUAUUUGGCCCGUGUCUUCCUUAUCAAUACAGAUUACAAGGAACUAAUGCUUGGUCUAGAGCAAGGGAAGCAAUUUUAUCAUUUGACCAACGUGUUUUGGUUCCACUUAGGACACGUUAUAACGUUAAUAAUAAGAAAAAUUUUAGUAAAAAG